AUGGCAAUAGUUUUAUCCAUUGUGAUUGUUUUAUUUAUCGUUGGUUUAACUGUUACUCGAUUUUAUACAUAUUUUAAACGACCUAAAAAACAAUCAAAAGAUGUAUCUUAUAGUAUAUCAAGAUAUUGGCGUCGACAAUUUGCAUCAGUAUCAUUUGAUAGUAUUAAUCCAUCACCACCAAUAAGUAAUAAUAAUUCUCAAACAAAUCAAGAAACAAAUGAAGUAACACGAAUUAUAAAAAGUUCAUUUUCAUGGCCUGAAUCAACAUUAAUUAAUCAACAAAAACAACAACAUGAAAAAGAAGAAUGUUCAUCAACACUAUCAUCAUCAUCAUUAUCACAUUCAUCAACAAUGGAACAUAUUAAUGAACCAGCUUCAUUUAUAUUUAGCUUACGAUGGAAUGAAACUAUUGGAUCAUUAUUUGUUCGUGUUAUUAGUGCACAAAAUCUUUUUGUUUAUCGUCGUCAUCGACAGCCAACAUUAAUUGAUUCGUAUGUACGUAUUGAACUUAUAUCAGCAGAUAAUGAUAAUAAUACACAAGAACCUUAUCAAUCAAUGCGUACUCAUAUUAUUAAAAAAAAUAAUCAUCCUAUUUAUGAUGAAUUAUUUGAAUUUUCUAAUAUUCGUCAAAUAAAUAAUACUAAUAAUUUAUCUCUUCUUUUUACUAUAUUAACUUAUGAUACAUUUACACGAGAUGAAAUUCUUGGACAAGUUAUAUUUCCUAUUAUUUUACCGGAUGGAACAACAUCAAAUGCUCUUCAAUCAAAUGAAGUAACAUUUACAGAAGAUAUAACACCACGACAUAAACAGUUUUGUAAUCAACAACUUGGUCAAAUGCUCAUUUCAUUAUGUUAUCAACCAAUUGACAGUACAAUAACAUUAAUUGUUUUAAAAGCAUCAAAUUUACCUCGUAUAAGUACAACAAGACUAAUAAAUCCUUAUUUUAAAAUUUAUAUGUUCUAUAAAGGACAACGUAUAAUUAAAAAACGAAGUACUAUUAAACGAUCAACACAAUGUCCUGUUUAUAAUGAAUGUUUUACAUUCCAUAUACCUGAUAAUGAUUUAAAAAAUAUUCAUUUUGAUAUAAUACUUUUUGAUUAUGAUCAUCAUAUGAAACAUGAACCAAUUGGUACAUUUUCAAUCGGAAAUAAUACUAAUGAAAUUAAUCAACAUUGGAAUGAUGCAUGCCAUCGACAAAUAACGAAACAAAUAGCUCAAUGGUAUCAAUUAAAACCAUUUAGUAUAUUAAAUUAUUAA